CGUCUUUUCGUGCUUUUUUUUUUAAAGAAAAAGUGUCGGUUCCGGCAUCGUUUGGGCUCCGGUACAGUUUUCAAAGUAUUGAUUUAGCACCAGUAUCAGAAAAAAACUCUCACAAUACCCAACCCUAGGAGCGCCGCAGGUAGUGGUAUCAUUACAGGGACGUGGAUUCAUUUCUUGCCCCAACACAGGAAAACGUCAGGAUAAACCAAACAGGUCUCAACACUGAGCGAGUCGGUGAAAGGAUUAUGACAAUUUCUGUCUGCGGCGAUUAGUCAGUUCCUGCUGCUGCAUGUGCCGCCCCACGCCUCGGCGGCGAGCGAUCCGAGGAGACAUUUCCUAAAUCCGCGGUGCGUUCCCGCCGACAGCUGGGGGGAAGAGGACACAUGCACGAGAGGCAGCUGCAGGUCGGGGUUGCGUUCGGGGCGAUGUCGUUCCCGAUCACGAAGCGGCAACGCAGCGCGCUCACGAGGGGCUGGUUUCAGAAAUGGACUUAUCACAGAGGCCCUUGUGUCUGUAAACACUUUAGUUCCUGCAGUUGUUUUCAUAAUGCACACAUGAGUAAAUCUGUGACGCUGCAGAGACGCUGGAAGACCAGGAUGCAAGUCUUCAAAGUCUUAUCAGUUCACAGUCUGACACCGAAAAACUCUUGCUCAUCUGCAAGUGUGCGUGUGGCUUCAUCAACCUUGACGGACGACGUCAGGCCACGACCCCGCAACUGUCGUCAGAGUCAAAUGGCCUUUGUCCAGCAGAAACACGGCCACUUCGAACCAGUGAGAGGAGCAGGGACAAAACAGCAGUGACAGAAGUGUCUCGAGUGAAACGAGAGCUGUUUUAACUCUGACGGAGAAGAACAAACAUCAUCCGUCCGCAUCCAUCUGGGAUGAAUCACAGACGUCAGGCCUGAUAUUAAAACCUCCAGACGACAGGAGCAGAUUCCUGGGGAAUGUAUUAGGAGCUGCGCGGCACAAAUCUGCUCUUCCACACAAUAAAUGAUGCAUCCAGCGUUUCAUCCCGGUUCGAGUGAGGUUCAGUCCCGAGGGGCGCGCUCAUUGGAGGAGGCUGGAUGGGGCAACGCGAGCGCUCAUCACCGUGAAUGAGAAAAGAGCAGAGGGGGACACACACACACAUUUAAACACACAUGGAGCAGGCUGACAGUAGCCAAGCAGCGGCCACUGAGUGACACACACACACACACACACACACGAAAGAACAGUCUCUUGCUGCAGCCACAUGAAGAAGGACCUCAUCUUUAUUUGUUGGAGUUAACACAUUUUCGUCAUCAGGAGAUGUUUUGAUCUAAUUUGUUUGGUUUUUGCUCCUUUUUUUUUUUUUUUCAUUAUAGCAUUCGCGUCAUUACGCGCGCGCGCAUUCCUCAGCAGGAUUUUGCGCAUCUCCAAUUGGCAAUUGUCUCUCGCCGCUCGCCACGAGAGCGCCGUUUUUCGGACCUUCUGCCCAGGAGAGACCGUCCACCACCACCACCACCACGGACCAGGGAUGGUCGGGAGGCGACUGGCCACGCGUUUCAUCUGAAAUCCUCGUUGUUCCGGAGAGGAAGCAAGAGACGCCGGACAGAAUGGAACAGCCGCUCUCCGGACCGGAGAGCAAAAACAUGGACGCGUGUCUGAGGCGACUGAAGCUGGAGCUGCUGUCUAUGAAAGAAGCCGGGGAUGGCCUCCACGCUCAGAUGAAUUCAAUGAUGGGAGCCCUCCAGGAACUCAAGCUCCUCCAAGUUCAGACGGCUCUAGACAACCUUGACAUAGCAGGUCGUCCCAUUAAUCGAGGGAUGCCGAAUCCGGCUCCACCGGCUCCACCCAACGCAUCAGCUGCGGCGACUUCAGAAAAAGACCCCGGGCCCGGCUUUGGCCAAACGCCGUCAGAGGACCCCAGCCCAAGUUCAAUGCCGAGCCCAAGGCCGUCUUUGGAGAGCAGAAACACCUUCAGCCGAGAUGGCAACAGCACAUCUCGAAACAGAAGCAGCAUGGGGACCUCGUCUUCAUCAGCAUCCAGUCUGCAAAGUGAGGGUGAAGGAAACUCAAGAAGUUCAAGAAAUGAAAAUGACUCUGAGUCGAUACCCAGACGAUGGUCGGGAUACACUGCCCCCCAGGUGGACUUCUACGGACCAACGGUGGGAAACCCUCCGCCAGAGUCAUGCCCUCAACCACAGGCUUGUGCUCGUGCUCAUGCUCGGGCAGUGGACCUGCCUGGCAUCCUGUACAGCCUCUCCAGGGAGGGCCCCUCACUGGACAGCGAAUACUCCCAGGACAGCACAGACGACGCCAGCGACUGGACCUCUUCGCUCAUGAGCCGCAGCCGCAACCGUCAGCCCUUGGUGCUGGGCGACAACGUCUUCGCCGACCUGGUGGGUAACUGGCUGGACCUGCCCGAGGUGGAGAGGGAGGAGGUGGAAGAAGAGGAGACGAGGAGGAGGAGAGAGGAGAGGACCGCAGACGGCGGCGCAGACAGACCGGACACCCCAGCUCACCCUCUCCGCCUCAGCCGCUCGCAGGAGAUCUGCAGGAAGUUCUCGCUGACCACGAACAUCUUCAAGAAGUUCCUGCGCAGCGUUCGGCCCGACCGGGACAAGCUGCUCAAGGAGCGGCCCGGCUGGAUGGCUCCCGAGCUGCCCGAGGACGACCUCUUCAAAAGGCCCAAAAAACUGGUUCCCAAGAGUGCAAAGGGCAGCUUCUACCUGCCGUUCUGGGCAAACGGACAGCAGGGCAAAGGGAGGCCUUGUCCACAUCUAGGUGAAGCAGAGGGGAACCACCCGCACCGCCACUUUUGCCAGCAGCCAUAUGCAGGGAUUUAUUUAGACAGGAGACAGCCAGAGACCGGUCUGGAGAAAAUGCAGCCCUUGUUUGACUACAACACAGCUGUGUGGGUCUGACAGCGAGUCUCGGGCCAACGGACCGCCAGUGGUGCCAGACUGAGUGAGCGACAGGUGCCGGGGAACUUUGGCUGAGAGAACGAGUGAGUGAACAAAUGACCGAAUGAAAGAAUGAGCGAACAAACCGAGAGUCUCGUAACGCAGUUAUCUUCCAAAACUGAACUGACGAACUUCACACCCACAAAGUGAUUCUCCUGCGAUUGAGAGAUUAUCAGGGCCACAUUCUGUCUGACAAUCCUAAAACCUCGACCUCGUGUGCUGUGCAUGUCUGGCCAUGUGAGUGUGAGCUGUCUGAAACAGAGUGAUAGACAGAGAGACUUUUCUGAGGAUUUAUGCAAGUUUUGUAUUAUUAAAGGCUUUUUUCACGCGUGCAUGCAUGUAUGACUGGGUCCCACAAGUCGGUACUAAGAAAAAGGACAUCUUUCUCAGAAUGUCGUCAUCAUUACAGUUCGUUAUUUAAAAAAAAAAAAUCCAUCCACAGACCUUUUCACUUCUGUGCUACAGGACAUACACCCCAUAUCUCAUGUCUCUGCAUCCAUGAAUAGAAACUCCAACUGUUGUAUUGCAUGGUUACCGUUUUUAUAAGCGAUGCUACAAACAGCUGUUACUGAACGCACUGCCACUGAACACGAUCAUAAGCUCCCUUUUGUUUCCGAUGCCUCGGAAACUCCAGUUAAACCGAAGUCGUUGGUGUCAUUCACUUUGCUCAGGGAACAAUUGCAACACAGGAGGAAACUAUGGGACACUGCCACAUUUAUAUACAGUUUUAGAGGAAUCUUGCUUCGUCUUAUCUAACCUAGUCGGACAUAACAGCAGCACAGUGCACGCCUCGUCCAAAGAUUGCAUAUUAAACUUUGAGAUUUGUCGCCCGUGAUCAGCAAUGUUGUGCUUGCUGUCAUUUUUAGGAACGCUCAUCUUUCGAGUCCACUGUCGGUGCACAUUGUUGUGCAGAGAGAGGAGGGGUGAAGAUGGCGCAGCCGAACACGGGUGCUGGCUGACUGCCAUCUGGUACGCGGACGUUACGUAAAGCCUGUUCACCAGGGGCUAGAAGAAAACGCGAAACGGCCGACAGUUAAUCCCGAGGCUUUGUAGAUGGGAUGACUGUGUUACAUACUGUAUAUACAAAGGUGAACACACUUCAGGGCCGUGAACAGUUGAGGGCGGAGGAUAAGGUCCGUAAUCUCCCUCAGAGAAUAAAUGUACAGGACCAUUGUACAUAUUUGCCAUGAAGCAACCCGCAGCAAUACCAGGCAUUUUCUGCAAUAUCUGAUCGCAUGGUUUUCAUUGCUCUGCACAGAUAAAUGUGUGUAUCCAAGUAACACUACAGUUCUUACCAGUAUAUGUAAACAAAGCCAACACACUUUGUACUCACAAACACAAAAACUGAUGGGUUAAUCUCACACCUACAGAAUCAGUGAUGUAUCAUAUCAGUGUUUUUAAUUUCAAGCAGUAUCACAGCAGUUUAAAAACAAACUACAGCUUCUUUCAGCAGUUCCUAUAAAUAUCAGGAUCCCCUCAGGAUUACAGACGACACUGCCCGCUCUCUCUCCCAAAACACUCUGUUUUUAUUGAGGACCACUGUUAUGCAAGGACAAUCUGACACUCUUAACUUAUUGUAAUUUUUAAAAAAUGGUUCACUCUAGUUUAAAAUGUGACACCAGACCAAUCAACUGAGCCAGCAGGGAUUAGGCCUCGGGUCUUUUCAGUGUCUUGGCCAGUCGAUUCCAUAUGGUGUCGUCUAAGUAUUCAGGUCAAUACAUACCACACUUUCAGAGGGUCCAACACACACACACACACACACACACACACACACACACACACACACACACACACACACACACACACACACACACACACACACACACACACACACACACACACACACACACACACACACACACACACACACACACACACACACACACACACACACACACACACACACACACACACACACACGGUUUCUGCUGAGACGAUUGUGCUAUGAGGCAUGGUCUGAGAUUACACAGUAAUAUGUGUAUGUAAAUGCAAUUUUUUUUUUAUUUCUUCCUAUUUACAGUCGUCCAAGUGUAAUUUUCAGUACUGAUGUUGAUAUUUUUCAUCAGGGUUCUGCGAACCUUCAGUAGUGAUUCUGUGUCGUGUGCACUGUAAAACUGUCAGACUGACUCUUUGUAAAUUAAAUCGUUUUUCAGAAAGAAAUGUCA